CUGCUGUUCUAGAGAUGAGUCAUUCAUUCCAGACAAUGGCCAUCCGAACCAGGAAGUUUCAGGACUUUGUGUGUGAACCUAUUGGUGAGAAACCUGUUACAGCAAUCGAAGGCAUUAAUGAGGAACUUGGAGCAAAACUUGCUGCCAAAGGCUUUGAUAAGGCAUAUAUCCUCCUGGGCCAGUUCCUGCUCUUAAAGAAGGAAUGUGCUCCAUUUCAAAAAUGGCUGAAGUCCUGUUAUGGAGCCAACAGCUUUCAGGCAGAGCAGUGCGCUUUGUGUCUCUUGGAGUGGUGUUACAUAUUCAUUUAA